AUGCACGACAUAGGGCAAUCUGUCCAACAAGCCGUGCCAUUACCGGUUUACACCGACGCACGUCCAGUCAUCCAUACUGUUGUUCCACUAGCUGCCUAUGCUAGGCAUAUUCCUCACUAUGAAGAUCAACAUCACAUGUAUCAGACUGUCGAAUCAACCGUUGCUGGUGAUGAAGUAAGGUUUGAGGAUUUCAGAGAAGUAAAGGAGAACAUGCAGCUCCUUGAGAAGAAGUUCCGAGAUUUAGAAGGAGACCACGUCUUUGGAUCUGCCGCCAAAGAAAUGUGCCUUGUAUCUGGGUUGGUGAUUCCGGCCAAAUUCAAAACUCCAAACUUCGACAAAUACAAGGGGCAUACUUGUCCAAAGAGCCAUCUCAUCAUGUAUUACCGAAAAAUGGCCGCACAUGUGGAAGACGACAAGCUGAUGAUCCACUAUUUUCAAGAUAGCUUGAGUGAGGCUCCUUCCAAAUGGUAUCUAAGUCUGGAUCAGAAUAGGAUCAGGUGUUUCCAAGACCUGUCAGACGCGUUCAUAAAACACUAUAAAUACAACAUGGAAAUGGCGCCUGACAGAAGACAGUUGCAAAGCAUGUUCCAGCAUGACAAGGAGUCCUUCAAGGAAUAUGCUCAGAGAUGGAGGGAAUUGGCUUCUCAAGUUGAACCACCUCUAGCUGAGAAGGAAUUGGCAGAACUGUUUAUCGACACUGUCCAACCCCAAUUCUAUGAAAAUAUGGUUAGAAGUGCUUCCUUGGGAUUCUCCGAGCUUGUGGCUAUAGGAGCUCGCGUUGAAUAUGGUGUAAGAAAUGGCAAACUGGCGGUUGUAGCUGGAACUUCAAAUGCUAAUCAAAAGAAGUUCUCUGGAGGGUUUCCCAGAAAGAAGGAAGGGGAAACAAAUGUUGUGACUAUUGGUCAAGGAAGAGCUCCUCCAAGAAGGAGACCACAAUAA